AUGUCAAAAAUAGUUGAUAAGGGAAGUGGUGAGCAUAGUGCAAAAAUUGCAGGCAAUUUAGCACCAGGUGAUAUUAGAAUGGUUUUGUAUAAAAAGAAAAUAUGGUGGCCAUGCAUAAUAAGAAUGAUAUACAGUAAGAAAGUGUCUUACAAUUUUUUACCAAUAAAAGAAAAUAAUAAAGGUGUUUUUACGGCUCCAUUUAAAAAUAUAAAACCAUUUAAUUUUGAUGAAAAAAUUCCAAAUGACGCUACUGAAGAGUUAAUUGAAGCGUUAGAAGAAGCAAAAAAGUUAGUUUUGAAGAAAUGUGAUAACAAAACAUCGCUUCAAAAAACAAAUGAUAGCAAGCAUUGUAUAAAUACUCAAAAAGAAAACCAUGCAAGUAAAGAAGUGGCAAAUAUUGUAAAUAUACCCAAGGUUGUCAUUCAACAUGUAUCAAGUAAAGGAUCUCCAGUAAAAAGUGUUUCUAAAGAUUCAAAAACAAUUUUUACAAUUCCAAUUGAAAAAAAUAUUUCAACAUCUCCAUCUAAAGUUAGUAGAAUAAUUGUUAAAAGAAGUAUUAAUGAUAUGAAGCCCAAAAUUGAUUUUGGAAAGAAAGAUGAUAAACAAAACUUAAUUGAUCUUUUGCUAUCCGAUCGUACCAAAGUUAAUUUUACUGAUAUUUUGACAGGGAAACGAUUAUCAAAAAGACAUUUAUCUUUUAGACCAACAAAAAUGCUUAAUUCUCUUAAAUUUGAUUCAUAUACAGAAUCUUUUAUUCCUUUUGAAAGUCUUGAAAAAGUAGUGGCAGAAUACAAGAAUUGGAUGAAGAUGUCUGAAGAUCUUUCUACAUAUGGUCCAUUAACAGAGCUUUAUUAUAUUCAAACUGUUUUAAUACCAGAAUCCAUUGUAUUUUCUUUAUCUAUUUUAAAUCAUACAUCAAUGGAAGAGGCAGAAUGUGUUUUUAGAAAUGUUAACAAAGAAACCAAUACAAUUAAUGUGCCAAAAAUUGAGGAUUCUACAGAUAUGUUAUUACGUAAUCUUCCAAAACAAUCUCCAAGCAAUGCUAUUGAUACACUAUUAAUUGCAGCUGAAAUAUUACAAGGAUAA